AUGAGCAUAAAAACUGACUAUGUAAUGUAUUUUAGGAGCGAAUUAGAAGUUUCCGCAGAACGAAAAAAAAUUAUUCGAUAUACCGUGGAUUACAUGUCUCAUUUACCUCUGUUGCUUCACACUCCGAAUUCGGCUCGCCAUCUGGAGAAGAAAUCGCCAGAUGUUUUUUCAAAAUGUAUUUCAUAGCGGCACGACCGAAGCUGAUGAUACAGAGCAUGAAGACAAACAUUUUGCAGACACGUUGUUGUCUUUCCAGUUGAUCUUUGACUGAUUGAUUCUCACGUUACUUUAUCCUUAUCAAUAGUCGAUCGUUAUCGCAUGUGUUUUACGAACGCUGACCACUAACGGCAAGAAUUAAUUUCCAAACAGAGAAUGGUCUAUGUAAAUUUUUAUAGAAAUAUCUGAUUGGACACAUAUAAAUAUUAUAUGGAUUUCCUCUUUGAAAUGAAGACGAAAACUAUUUUAAAAUAUUCAUACACAUAUUUUGUUGAAAUAUACAAUUAUUAGAUCUUAAAUUUUUAUUAAGUUGAUAUCAAAUUGGUAUUGAUAUUUUUAUCAAAUAGGUAUGCAUAUUUUAGUUAAGAAUCUCACUUGAUACUUUUCAUAAAACGGAUAUUAAUUAGUAUCAAUAUAAAGUUAAUACAGAUUAUAAAAUAAAGUUAAUAUAGAUUACAAACUAUUAUAUAUAAAUAUAAAGUUAAUAAUUAAAUAAAGUUAAAUUAGAUUAUAAAUAAAAUUAAUAUAGGUUACAAAAUAACAAAAUCUUCAUUCUUAUUGAUUUUUCUAUAUUCAAUAUAAUUCAUUCAAUAAAUUAUAUAAAUAAAGAAAUUAUUACAAAUAUCUCGUACAAUUUAUCAUCUUCUCUCUAUGUUAAAUUCCAUGUAGGUAUAUAUAGUAGAGUAACUUUAAAAUGCAAUAGAUCCAGAUGGAAAUUUGUUUUGCUCUAAUUAUUACAACAUUUAUUACAUUUCAAUCAUUUCAUGUAUUUUUGCAUAUUACGUAUAUUUUCACAUCUUGCAAUUUUUCAUAAAUUCAUAAACAUACACAGUUCAAGAUACAACACUACAACAGCACUUGUGUUAAAAUUUUUCAUAGAUAUCAAACAUCAAUUACUUAUCAAUAAUUGUAAAUUAAUUGUUUUUUAUGUUUAUGCACUUGUAGAAAUAUCUGUGAAAAGAUAAAGAUUUUACAUUAUUCAGGACAUGAUUCAGAAUCGUUGAUGAUCAAUGAUAUCGUCUGUAUCAAUAUUAAGUAGCGAUGAUGACAAAUCCUGUAUUAUUUCUGAUUGAUUUUCAUAUUGUCCUUGACAGAUAUGGUUCAAUAUAACUUAUAUCUUAGAUAUAUGAUUAUAUUUUAUUCAACCUACCUGAUAACAUAUUUUCUAGUAGUUUAUGAAAGUACUUUGUUCAAUUAAACAAAACGUAUAAAAUUUCUAGAUUUUUUUUCGAAGAGAGAAAUUUCGCAUGUUGCAGAUUAUUGCGGUAAUCCGUAG